AUGUUUGGACCAAAGACAGCCACAGUCUAUUACACAUAUAGGCUGACAGAGGCUAUCUAUGAUUGCCUUGUUGUUAUUAUAUUGCAGGGACAAGACUAUGAGAUUCGAACCUACCACCCCACUAAGUGGAUAAGCACCUCUCUGAGUGGGAUGCAGUUGGAUGCAGCCAAUAACACCGGCUUCCGCAGGCUCUUCAACUACAUUCAGGGAAACAACCAGAACAAGGUCAAAGUGGAGAUGACGGCACCUGUGACGUGCUGCGUCGAGCCUGGAGCAGGACCUGCAUGUGAAUCUAAGUUCACUGUGUCCUUCUACAUCCCAGAGGAGCAUCAGGAAAAUCCACCAGAGCCCAGCAGUCCAGAGUUGUUUGUGGAGCACAGGAAAGAGUUCACCGCUUACGUCAGGACAUACAGCGGUUUCUCCAACGAGAAUAUGAAGCGUGAAGAGCUCCUGAAACUUCUGGAGAGCCUGCAGAGGGACGGCGUGCCGUAUGUUGACAAGCCGUACUAUGUAGCUGGGUACGACAGUCCCUUCAAAUUGACCAACCGCAGGAACGAGGUUUGGGUUCUGAAGGAAGCGCAGAACUAGAUGGUUGCACAUUUGCAGCUUAACAAUCAGGGAUAAAGAUGUUUUUCACGCUGAUGUCACAGCACUUCAAUUCACACAGCUCGACCAAUUAAUUAUGAUGAAAUAAGCUGAAAGUGAAAUUAAACAAAAAAAACACAGUGGGCUAAUAUUUCCAGCAGAGGGCGCCAAGUAGUGAGAAGAUUUCCCUCUGCAGGUGUUUGACAAAAAUACAUUAUUUUCAGCUGUCUGUUAAAUCUAAAUACUUUUUACCCUUAAAUCUUAUUGUAACACAGUACUUAAGAUAUGUACACUAAAAGCAUAUAAUGGAAGCACUUUUUCUGUCCACACAGAGACAGAGGCAUCCUUUACUCUCAGAGAUGAGAGUAAAUGAUGCUUUAACAGUCUGUUAGACAAAAGUUAAGUUCACAGCAUAGCGAGGAAACUUUGCUAAAAUACUUGACCCAAUGUGAAGUCACAGACUUUUGCCUCUCUUCAUAAGCAGGGACUGCUCUCUAACAACCAGAGAACUAUUCUAUUUGAGUCAUUAAUGUACAUAUGGCAGCGUGUGAGUAUUUCUAGCAAGUAAACAAGGGGGAAAAAAAACUGUGAAGCUGGUGUUGUAGGAGGAGGAGGCUCUCUGACAAUAUGUUGUCUGAUCCCACUCAUCACCUGCCGUCACCAGCCACAUCAAUGACUCAUCUAUCAUCUCUACACACAACAAACAGAGUCCCGAUUAAUUGAGGUGUGAGCACUUGGUCGCCUUGUGGGUGUAACAUAUCGACAGUUACUGCAAGCUAACAUACAUAUAUUAAGCCUUUUUAAGCAUGAGUAUAUAAGAUUUUAUACAUUAAAUCAUGUUACUGUUUACAUUUUUAGUUUCUGAUGUUCAAUGAAUGAUGUCACUAAUCUUAAAAGGGAACGGCGAGAAAACUGCACUAAUAUGAGUUAUUGGAAAUAUUACACAUUUUUCUUAAUGUACAAUUUAGCAUAAUCAAUAAUAAAUAUAACACCUCAUCAAACGAUUGAUUACUCUGAUUAUUUACGACCCUCGUAUCUCCAGUGGAAUCAUGUAUUUGUCAUUCAUGUUUUUUUUCUCAAAGAGAUGUUAAUCUGAUUUGUAGUGGAUGCAGUUUUCUCAUCUGUCCUCCACACUUCGAUCGUUGUGACCUUUUAUCAGUGAAUGAAACCCUUGCCACAAUUCACUUCACCCUCUAUUCUCCCUCACCUCCUCAUGGUCGUCUGGUGCUUGCGUGCUGAGUCAUCCAUUUUAUUUGUGGCAGUUUUCUUCCCAAUAUCAUGUUCAGGAACUAAGCAGACGUGACCGUAUUUUAAUCCUCCGCAUGUGUGCGCGCGCGCACACACACACUUGUCCACUCUGGCUGUACUCGGUGAGGUGAAGCGUUGCUGCAGAGAGGAAAUGAGUCUAAUGAGGCUUUGUUUUAUUCCCAACAUCAGUCGUGAAUGUUAAUGUUAUUUUAUUUACCCCCUCCAGCCGAGUGGAAACCUGGAGCUGACAAAAAAGAUUAACUCUGGAAAAUUAAAGUGCAGUGAUACAUUGUGA